CAAGAUCAUCAUAUUAAAUUUUUUCUUCAACGUUUUUAUUUGUAUAAAAUCAAUUUUCUGAAAUUGACCCAUUAACGUAGAAACACAGCAGUUAACCGCCUGACUAAACCGUCUCGUGUCGUGUUGAUUCUGUUUUUCUGUUUUUUUGAAAAUGAGGUCUUAUCAAAAAUUUAGAAAAGUCUGAUCAUAUUAUAUCUUACAUUAUAAAGUUAGUUGUAUUAACUUUUGGCCUGUACGAAACGUUGUAGUUUUAAUAAAAUCUAAUUAAAAUUAUUUCUAAUUUAAUUACCAUCGAUAACGCUUAUCAUAAAACGUGCACAAUGAUCAAAUUAUUGUCAAAACAAUGAGCAUCGUGAUAUUUUUUAGUUUCAAUUUUUUUGAGAAAUAAGAAUUUUUUUUGGUCUUUUUGUAUGGUGUUAUAUUAAUGAAUUCAUACAAUGUGGUUGAAAAUUAUUCUUCAGUAUAAUUUGAUACGUUUUUUAUGUCCAAAAACAAGAAAAAGAUUUGUCUUUAUUUUGUUUACAUUCUUGUUAUUAUUAUUUGCUUGCAAUAUGUUUGUUAGAAAUCAGUUGUUCAUAAAAGAGACACAACCUGCUUUUGUUGAAAAAAAAGUUUCUACUAUGGAGUUUCUUGAUAAUUCUCUACUUAUGAAAUCAAAGAAAAUAAUGCCGGUAAUGCAUCAGUAUCAAGAAGAUUUAGUAUCAGAGAUUAUUCCUUCAGUACUAAUUUUCACUGCUGAUCACAACAAUAAAGACAAAGCUUUAACCAAAAAGUUGAAGUUUAUCUUGAACUCUUUGAAGAUAAGUUUUUAUUUUGUCUUAUGGAAUCGUCCAGAAGAUGAUUUUCUUACUCUUCCUCGUUUGCAAGAUAAAUUUGGAAAUGCUGCUUAUCAUACCUUUAUAUUUACUAAUCACCUUUUAUACGAUGAGCUUGAUUCAUGGACCCGAAACAUUAUAAACGAGCAUUGCAAACUAUUUAAAGUUGGUAUUAUUAUUUUAGUUGAGGCUAUUAAAGCAAACAAUAAUGGAAUAAGUGAAUUUUACCAAUUAAGGUCAAUUCCAGUAUCAAUAAAAUCAGGUGUAAUGGACUUGUAUGAUUUUGAAAUAGCUAAGAGUUCAGUUUAUAAAAUUGUAAAAACGGGAAAUAUUUUAAAAGGUUGGACUAAUAGAAAUCAUAAUUCAAUACUUCUCACUGAUGACCCUUCAUUUGAGCCAAUGGCUUUUUGGAAAAUGUCAAUUAAUUCUCAGAGAGAAUUUUCUGACAAGUUUCAAAAUAGUUCUACCAUACAUAAAGUGGUUUCAAUUCUCUUCGAUAAAGGAUAUAAUGAUGGAAUUUCAAAGGUUUUAUUUGGAGCUUCAUUUGACACCACAUGGUUACACCAAUUAGUUUUUGUUGAUUCCUUGAUGACCUUAUCAAAUGGUGUGCUUGGUUUUGGAAUAGAAAGGUUUAUACAAAUUGAUAUUGAUGAUAUCUUUGUUGGAACAACUGGGAAAAAAUUGGUUAAAAGUGAUAUAGAGGCACUUGUUGAGGCACAAAUUUUUUUAUCUUCUCACAUUCCUGGUUUUUAUUUCAAUUUGGGAUUUUCAUCAAAGUUUUUCAACAACUCAAAUAUGACAUCAGAACAAGAGGGGGAUGAAAUGCUUCUAAAAUAUUCUCAUUAUUUUCGUUGGUUUUGUCACACCCAUGCACAUCUAAAGCCACACGAAUAUUCAAAAAUAAGAUUGGUUCACGACUUUCAAAUAAAUAAGAAAUUUGCUUUUGAUCAUCAUAUAACAGUUGACCCAUCUUACUCUGUAGCACCUCAUCACUCUGGUGUUUAUCCUGUGCAUAGGCCUCUCUAUCAUGCUUGGAAAGAGGUUUGGGGCAUUGAAGUUACAUCAACUGAGAGUUAUCCUACUCUAUAUCCUGCAUGGAAUCGCGCAGGUUUUAUAUAUGAUGGUAUAAUGGUUCUUCCUCGACAAACAUGUGGUCUUUUUACAAAGACACUUAACAAUGCUGAUUAUCCUAAAGGACCUAAUUGGCUGUCAGAGAGUGCUCAUGGUGGAGAAUUAUUUUGGAGUAUAGUUUUUAAUCCAAUUGCAAUUUUUAUGACACAUGCAUGUAAUUAUGGUUUCAAAGAGAGACUUGCUAUUCAUUUGUUUAAAAAUGUCACAAGUUUUAUUGAAAAGUGGACAAACAUCAAGUUAUUAAGUGACAAACCAGUUGAGUUGGGUAAACGUUAUUUUGGUUUGUUUCCACGACAUGCUGAACCUCUAUGGACUGAUCCUUGUGUUGAUUUGCGUCAUCAAAAGAUAUGGGCAGGCACUGAAAAGUAUUGCAAAGGAGAAGGAUCACGCAUAUCUAGAUUACCAGAUUUUUUGAUAAUUGGUCCACAAAAAACUGGUACAACAGCUCUAUAUAAGUUUCUCAGUUUACAAGAAGAUGUGCUGAAACACAAUCGAUUAAGUAACAACUCAUUUGAAGAAAUACAAUUUUUUAAUCGGAACAAUUAUGCCGAGGGACUGGAUUGGUAUUUAGAAUUUUUUCCUGACGAGGAAAAGCUCCCUGGAGUACUGUAUUUUGAGAAGUCAGCAAAUUAUUUUGAUUCAUUAAAAUCACCUCAGCGUGCGCACUCUCUCAUUCCAAAUGCCAAGCUGAUUGUUAUAUUAACUGACCCUAGAGUGAGAGCCCAUUCUUGGUAUCAGCAUAUGCUCAGUAAAAAGGAUGCCAUCACACAGAAUUUUACGUUUUAUGAAGUUGUAACUGGAAUUAUAAACAAAGACAGUGAAAUAAAUGAAACAUUGUUCUCCCUACUUCGUGGCAAAUGUUUAAUACCAGGAAGGUACGCAGAAAGUUUGGAGCUAUGGUUGAAGUAUUACUCUUCAAACCAGAUCUACGUCAUGGAUGGGAUGAAGUUGCGUCAUAAACCUCAUGUAGCAAUGAAAGAAUUGAUAAAUUUUUUAAACAUUUCUGAUUUCCCUUAUGAACGUUUAAUAAAAUGGAGCACUCAAAAGCGCUUCUACUGUCCAAUAAAUAGUUCUGGCAUCUUAGAUUGUCUCGGCAAAGGAAAAGGUCGAAUUUAUUCUGAUAUGAGCGAAGAUGCUUUUCAGUUUCUUACAGAUUAUUACAAAUUACCGAAUUUGCGACUUAUUGAGCUUCUGAAAAAACACGGAAAACCUCUGCCAUCAUUUCUUAUUGAGGACAAUAGCUUAACGUAACUCUAUAAUAAUA